AGGUGGUGUGCGAGUCGGGUGGAGGUUUCUGCUCCAUGGGUGCGAGACAGAGCAAGCAGCCUGGGUAUGAGUCAGCGCGCGGGUGCUAGGGGGCUUGGUAACUAGUCACGCAAUCUCACUCACGCUCGGUUCCUCCACCCAUCGGUUUUACUGUGUGCGCCCUGGUCCCAGGCGUGUGCGCACACUGCACGAAGUCAGAUUCCAGGCUGUGUGUAUUGGUUCAGGGAGAUGGCUGGGGAUGGGGUGUGUCCUUGUUGUGUUCCUAGGCUCGAGUUAGGGGUAUUCGCCACCCUCUGUGGGGUUUUGGGGUGUGUCCGGAUUAGGGUGAGCUUGCUCCUGUGCUAGUGCGUGCAUGGUGCAUGUGUGGGUGAGUGUAGUGGAACCGAGUAUCAGGGUUGGGUGCUUGCAUCAGCACCCAGGUCAAUGUCUAGGGUGGGUGUUGGCAUAAUCUCGACUCAGGUGUCCAGAGGCCAGAGUGGUGGGGGUGUCCAAUCUCCCGCAGGAGUGCACGGUGUACCUGGCCACCCUCCCCUCACCGCUCCAAGCUGGCCAAGGCUCUUUCGGGAGCAGUCCGCAUGGGGAGGGCCUGGGGUGGUGUUGUACCUGAGCGGAAUAAGAGUGUGGGGGUGCAAGGGGCGGGCCAGGUCCCCGGGCGCGGCGCGGGCUCGGGGGACCCGCGCGGCUGACGUCAGGCGACUCCUUAAAUAGAGCCGGCAGCGCGCUCCACUCGGCAUUUCCCGAGGAGCCUGAACGCGGCCGGCGCCAGCGCCACCGUCCGGUCCGCGCAUCCUCCCGCCGGCACAGCCGCGCGGCCACCGAGAGUCCCCUGAAAGGCGCUCCGAGCAUCCGGAAUGGGGCUUCGGGCGCUGGGCGCGCUCCGAACCCGACGCGCGUGAGAGCCGAAGAGUGCCGGGAGCCGCCCCGCUGCCCGGAGCCCCCAUCGCCUAGCACCGGGAGAUGCUGGCAAUGCAGCCACCCGGUCCCCGAGGAGCCACCGUCUCCGGGACCCCCGGGCGAGGUGCUCGCCCAGGCCAGCAACCCCCGGAGGAGACGGCGUCCCCUACGCCGGACCCGCACGGCGGGGACAGCGCCACACGAGCCCUCUAGGCGAUCGUAGGGCCACGCAGCAGCUCCACCGCAGGUGCCACCUUAGAAACCAUGACCCCCGGCGCGGGCCCAUGGAGCUAUGGCCUAUAGGGUCCUGGGCCGCGCGGGGCCACCUCAGCCGCGGAGGGCGCGCAGGCUGCUCUUCGCCUUCACGCUGUCCUUGUCCUGCACUUACCUGUGUUACAGCUUCCUGUGCUGCUGCGACGGCCUGGGCCAGAGCCGCCUGCUCGGCGCGCCGCGCUGCCUCCGCAGCCCCAGCGCAAGCGGCCAGAAACUUCUGGCGAAGUCCCGCCCGUGUGAUCCCCCGGGGCCGACGCCCAGUGAGCCCAGCGCUCCCAGCGCGCCCGCGGCAGCCGCUCCAGCACCGCGCCUCUCCGGGUCCAAUCACUCCGGCUCCCCGAAGCUGGGUACUAAACGGCUGCCCCAAGCCCUCAUUGUGGGCGUCAAGAAAGGGGGAACCCGGGCGGUGCUGGAGUUUAUCCGUGUGCACCCGGACGUGCGGGCCUUGGGUACCGAGCCCCACUUCUUCGACAGGAACUACGGCCGAGGGCUAGACUGGUACAGGAGCCUGAUGCCCAGGACCUCGGAGACCCAGAUCACACUAGAGAAGACGCCUAGCUAUUUCGUCACUCAAGAAGCCCCCCGACGGAUCUUCAACAUGUCACGAGACACGAAGCUGAUUGUGGUGGUGCGGAACCCGGUGACCCGCGCCAUCUCUGAUUACACGCAGACACUUUCCAAGAAGCCGGACAUCCCCACCUUCGAGGGCCUGUCCUUCCGCAAUCGCAGCCUCGGCCUAGUGGACGUGUCUUGGAAUGCCAUCCGCAUCGGCAUGUACGCACUGCACCUGGAGAGCUGGCUGCAGUACUUCCCGCUGGCCCAGAUCCACUUCGUCAGUGGCGAGCGGCUCAUCACUGAUCCAGCUGGUGAGAUGGGGCGCAUCCAGGAUUUCCUGGGCAUCAAGCGAUUCAUCACAGACAAACACUUCUACUUCAACAAGACCAAAGGAUUCCCUUGCUUGAAAAAACCAGAGUCGACACUCCUGCCACGAUGCCUGGGCAAAUCAAAAGGGAGAACUCAUGUACAGAUCGACCCUGAAGUCAUAGACCAGCUCCGGGAAUUUUAUAGACCUUAUAAUAUUAAAUUUUAUGAAACCGUUGGGCAGGACUUCCGGUGGGAGUGAGUCUCUGAGGUACAAGGGCUCUUAUCUCUCCCAUGAGGUUUGUGCCCAGAGACCCUGAUCCUCAACUCCAGCCCCUCUUCCCAUCUUGAACCCUAUGAUGGAUCAUCUUGGAACCAGGAAGCUGAGUAAAGGCCAAGAGACCGGCGGUCCCUGCUCUGUCCAGGAAAAGUCUACCUGCUUCUAGCAUACCCAUUCAGUUCUAGAAUCGGCUCCCUCCCACCCAUGAGAGGCCUUGGGGAAUUGCUGUAAGAAGGGUGGGUCUCCCAAUGUUAGGGGACAUUCUGAGUGGAGAUGGUUCUGUUGCUGUGAGAACAUCAGUCCAUCCCAUCACUGUGCACUCAGUGGUGGACUUCUUAAUUCCAUGUGGCAUGUACUUUUCCCUCUGAGCUUAAUUUCCCCCAGCAGCCCUGAGUGGUAGGAUAGGAGAACGCCCUCCACCCUCCUCAGAAUGCAGCAGCUCAUCAACAGUAUGCAGAGCCAAAAACACCUCUCUGGCCACUCCAGGAGACAGACUCUGUGAUGAUGAAACAAGCCAGUGACUUCAAAGCCUGUGGUCUCCACUGGGCCUGGAGGAUGCUGUCUUUGAAAAGCACUCUGUGACUCUCUCUCCCUGCUCCCUGUGGACAAAAGCACAUAAUUCUGCUGUUACGGGUACUUUCUUCACACGAGCUUUCAUGUUCAACAUGCACGGAAUCAUGCUUGUCCAUGUGAAAUAAAUAUGGCUCUCUCGUGUCCUUACCACUGAGUGUUUCUCUCUAAG